AUGGCUGUGAGGCAGGCGGCGACAGCGGGCACUCCCGGGCCCAGAAGGAACGAAGAGGCGGCUCUCCUCUUCGAGAGGGCCCAUUACCGGCACGACUCGCGCUGGCUGCUGCCUGUGUCCCCCCGCCUGUGCUUGGCCUGCACGCUGGAGCUGCUGCCCGAGCCCGGCGUGUCGUUGGUGCGCAAGAAGCACAUGUUGUCCUGCUUCCAAGAUGCCCUUGUAAGGCACACCUCCCUGGUCACACAACUGGUGUCUCAGGAUCAGAGAGUCUGCAUGCACUUUAUAAGUGUGGUUUUUGGACUAUUAUGCAUUGUGGAAGAUGGGAGUGUGACAGACCUGUGUAUUGAAGUCCUUAUUCAGCUCACAACGCAGCUGAAGCUGGAGCAGACCAUCCGUUGCCUGCUGGAUGAGUGCCACAAAGAGCUAUGUAAUAUGCCCUCCAUGCGAGGCAGCCUGGCUACCCUGACUCUUCUUGGCAAGUUGGUGGAUGCCAUCCCUGCUCUGGCAGACCAGCUUGUAAUGGAGCACGGCAACCUGAUGGACCAUCUGUUGAGAGGCUUACUAUACCCCAAUGAGGGCAUAAAAGCUUCUGUCUGUUACCUUUAUGGGAAGCUGUACUCCUCACCAGUGGCCGCUGAGAUGCUUUCAGGACACUUCCGGGAGAAGCUUUUUCCCCUCUUCCUUUCCAUCCUGGAUGGUGCCCAGACAAAGGAGCUGCAGAUUAACUGCUUGGGUUUGCUGAGGCAGCUAUUGAAGUAUGAUCUCUUUGUGUCCAUGAUCAUGAACAAGGUUGCACUAGGAGAAAGUGCUAAGAAUAUUGAGGGGCCCCCAGGAGAUCCCUCACUGCCCUUGGUGCUCAAAAAGCUUCUCCUCUCUAGAGAUGAAACCCUGCAGGUGGCCAGUGCUCACUGUAUAACUGCGGUGCUUGUCCACUCCCCAGAGAAGUAUGCCCCUGCCUUCAUCCAUGCUGACAUUCCAGAGUUCCUCUUUGAGCAUCUUUCCUCUUCCAGUGAAGUGCUCGUGUGGUCCAGCUUCAACUGCUUGACACUCCUGGCAGAAGAGCGACUCUUUUUUUCCAAGUGCCACACGGUGUAUGGGAUUGAGGCAGUGGUGAGGAGCCUGCAGGCAAGUCUGAAGAUGAACAACACAGAGCUGCACAAGCAGGGUCUGCUGCUUUUCACUGAAAUCCUGACCCGGCAGCCAGAGGAGAUCAAGCUGUUCACAAGCUCAGCCAUGUGCAGAGAUGCUGGCUGUGUCCUCCAAGAAGCAGUUAGCAGCCCUGUGCUGGAGGUGGCUGCUGAGGCUGUGAAGGCCACUUCUGCUUUUCUGAGGAAGGACCAUCAGAGUGCUCCACCUGUGCAGUACGGGGAACUGCGGGCGUUGCUAGAAGCUAUGCUAAACCGGUGUGCGGAGUUUUCCCAGACCUGUCUGAACAGGAGACCCCUGGGCCAUACCUCCAGUAGAGAUUCAGAGAAGGCCAUUCUUCAAAGGGGAAAGUUCCUCCUGAGCACUCUGGAGGGAUUUAGAAGUGCCUGCAGGUUGGCUAUAGAAUUCCAGAGUGAGCCUUCAGCCCAGGAGAAUCCAUUCACAGCUCCCAGCGCCGAGAAGAAAGACACCUUGGAGGACUUCUCAGAAUUUCUUCUCAGUGCCUGUGACUCGAUGUGCAUCCCCAUGGUGAUGAGACACUUGGAGCAGACCACCCAGCCAGCUCUGAUGGAAGUUUUCCUUUCAAUUCUACACAGCCUCUUUAUCAUUGUUCCUCACAUGAAGGAGAAGUUUUCCAAGAAGCUUGCUGCCUCAUCCUUCAUACGACUGACCCUGGAGCUGAAGGCCAGAUUUUGCAGUGGUCUGAGCCCAGAACUCUCUACAGUGUCUGAGCUCCUGCAGCAUGGGCUGCCCCAGAUAAGCAGCAGGAGCCCUGAAAGCCUUGCUUUCCUGUCUGAUCGCCAGUACGUGGAGGGAGCAGCUCGACAGAGACAGCACUGCAUCCUGCUCCUCUUCUACUUGGCCUACGUCCAUGAGGACAGGUUUGUCUCAGAGGCAGACUUAUUUGAGGCUGUGCAAAGCUUCCUCCUGUCUCUGCAGGACCAGGGCGAGUGCCCCCCACUGGCAGUUUUCAAAGCCUCCAUCUAUGUGCUUGCAGUCUGCCAGGACAAAGACAGUAUACUACAUGAGGCUAUGGUCAGUGCAAUCAGAAAAUUCCUAGAGGGCAUCCCAGACCUGCAGCUAGUCUAUACCCACCAUCCACUCCUGCUCAGGUUCUUUCUGUUGUAUCCAGAGCUCAUGAGUAGGUUUGGGCACCGUGUCCUGGAACUUUGGUUCUCCUGGGAAGAGAGCAGCUAUGAGGAAUUCAAUGAUGUCACCUCUGCUGGGCAGCCCACCCUUCCUACCAGCUUAGCAGUCCUGUUCCAGUUGCUCAGAAGCAUCCCCAGCAUCCUGCUUAUCUUGCUGGACCUAAUCUAUUCCAGCCCAGUGGACAUAGCACGCAAGGUACUGAUUAGCCUGAGGACCUUCCUGAGGAAGAAUGAGGAUAUCCAAGUGGGCGGUCUUAUCCGAGGCCACUUCCUGCUGAUCCUACAGCGUCUGCUAGUGGAGCAUGGGGCCUCCCCAUCAGGAGCCUUGGGGAACCUACCAUUGCUGCUGAGCCUCCUCUCCGUGAUGCAGCUCAGGAAUGUGUCAGAGGAAGAACUGGACAGCAUGGCCAUGAAGCUCCUUCACCAAGUGAGCAAGCUGUGUGGGAAGUGCAGCCCCAUUGACGUGGAUAUCCUGCAGCCCUCCUUCAACUUCCUGUACUGGAGCCUUCAUCAGACCACACCCAGCAGUCAAAAAAGAGCUGCUGCAGUGCUCCUGAGCGGCACAGGCCUGAUGCAGCUUCUGGAGAAGAUGCUGGCACUCACCUUGACAGAAGCAGACUCUCCCAGGACAACGCUCCUCUGCUCUGCCUGGCUGCUCACCAGCUCUUUAUCUGCCCAGCAGCACAAGGGCAGUUUGCAGGUUCACCAGACACUCUCUGUGGAAAUGGACCAAGUAUUGAAGGCUCUCAGCUUUCCAAAGAAAAAUGCUGCACUGCUCUCAGCUGCUAUCUUAUGCUUCCUGCGGACAGCCCUGCGACAAAGCUUUUCCUCUGCCCUGGUGGCCCUGGUACCCUCAGGGGUCCCGCCACUGCCAGCCACUGAGGACACUGUCUUAGCUCCACUGCGAACAUCACAAGUGCGGUCCCUGGUCAUUGGGCUGCAGAACCUCCUGGUGCAGAAGGAUGCUGUAUUGUCCCAGGCCUGUGUUGGCUGCCUGGAGGCCUUGCUUGACUACCUGGAUGCCCGGAGCCCAGAUAUCGCUCUCCAUGUGGCCUCCCAGCCUUGGAAUCGGUUUUUGCUGUUUACUCUCUUGGAUGCUGGAGAGAAUUCCUUCCUCAGACCUGAGAUCUUGAGGCUCAUGACCCUGUUUGUGCGGUACCGGAGUAGCAGUGUCCUCUCUCAUGAAGAGGUGGAUGAUGUUCUGCAAAGUGUGGCUUCAGCUGACCUGUCUACCCUCUCAAACACCACACUCCAGGCCCUGCAUGGCUUCUUCCAGCAGCUCCAGAGCAUGGGCCUCCUGGCUGACCACAGCAUGGCCCAGACCCUGCAGGCCUCCUUGGAGGGCCUUCUCCCUAGCACCACCUUGAGCCAGCCACCCCUGCAGGACAUGCUCUGCUUGGGAGGGGUGGCUGUAUCCCUGUCCCACAUCAGAAACUGAUUCUCAGGACUUGAAGGCAAGAAAUGGAGAGAGAAUGAAACCUGGAGACAAAGAGCAUAAUUGUUGGGGACAUGAAUGACUGCUAAAGCUAUUCAUCUGGAGCCAUAUACUCUAUUGUUGAAACAGAAUAAGGAAAUAAAAUGAUACACUCACA